CCGGGAGCUGAUUGGCUGCGCGGGGCGGCUCCGAGGGCUCGGCCGCAGGAGCCCCGCGCACUCCAGCCCUGCAGCCUCAGGAGUCGGUGCCGCGCGCCCGCUGCCCCGCGCCCUCCUGCCCACCGCGUCUCUCGGAGCCCGGGCGCACCCUGCCCACCGCGCCUCCUCCCCGCCCGCGCCGCCUCCCGCCGCGUCGCCUCCUGCCGCAGGCCGAGGGCCGCCACCGGCCGGGGGACCCAGCAGCAGCGCGAGGCCGCGGAGCCGGGCAGCACUGGGGACGGCGCCUUUUGUCCCCGGAGGUCCCUGGAAGUUUGCGGCGGGACGCGCGCAGGGAGGCGGCGGAGGCAGCCCCGACGUCGCGGGGGCCAGGGCGCAAAGCAGGCAUGGGCAGCGGGCGCAGCGCAGGGGGCAGCCGCGGGGCCGCCCUGGGCGUGCUGCUGGCGCUGGGCGCCGCACUCCUGGCUGCGGGCUCGGCCAGCGAGUACGACUACGUGAGCUUCCAGUCGGACAUCGGCCCGUACCAGAGCGGGCGCUUCUACACCAAGCCGCCGCAGUGCGUGGACAUCCCCGCGGACCUGCGGCUGUGCCACAACGUGGGCUAUAAGAAGAUGGUGCUGCCCAACCUGCUGGAGCACGAGACCAUGGCGGAGGUGAAGCAGCAGGCCAGCAGCUGGGUGCCCCUGCUUAACAAGAAUUGCCACGCCGGCACCCAGGUCUUCCUCUGCUCUCUCUUCGCCCCCGUCUGCCUGGACCGGCCCAUCUACCCGUGCCGCUGGCUCUGCGAGGCCGUGCGUGACUCGUGCGAGCCGGUGAUGCAGUUCUUCGGCUUCCACUGGCCCGAGAUGCUCAAGUGUGACAAGUUCCCUGAGGGGGACGUCUGCAUCGCCAUGACCCCGCCCAAUGCCACCGAAGCCUCCAAGCCCCAAGGCACAACCGUGUGUCCUCCAUGUGACAACGAGUUGAAAUCCGAGGCCAUCAUCGAACAUCUCUGCGCCAGCGAGUUUGGUAAGAAAGCGUUUCUAGCUGCCCCUGGAAGGUUUGGUGUCAGCAUGACUCUGUCCACGAUUUAA